AUGCCUGUUGCCAUCACCCCCCCUCAGACACAUGUCGCCCUCAAGGAUAGUGUGCUGUUCACGCCCCUCAAGUUGGGACAUUUGAGCCUGAAACAUCGCAUCAUCCAGGCCCCCAACACGCGCAUGCGAUGCGAUGCCGAGUCCCCCGGCGUCCACGUCCCUGGUCCCCGAGUCGUCAAGUACUACGGCGAUCGUGCCACUGAUGGCGGCCUGCAAAUCACUGAGGCCACAGAUAUCUGCCUCAGAGCCAGUGGCUAUGGCGGCGUCCCAGGCGUCUUUACCGAGUCGCAGCUCAAAGGAUGGCGCAAGGUGACCGACGCCGUCCAUGCCAAGGGUGGGUUCAUCUUUACCCAGCUUUGGCACACUGGCCGAGCCUCCUCAAGUGGAAUGCGAGGCGAGAGACCCAUCUCUUCUGGCGAAAUUCCCAUGAAUGGCAAGUAUCUCGAUGGCACUGAGUGCAAGGAUGAUCCCCCACGGGGCAUGACAGUGGAUGAGAUCCACGAGAUGACUGCCGAGUGGGCUGCCGCUGCCAAGAGGGCAGUUGAUGUCGCUGGCUUUGAUGGUGUUGAGAUUCACGGUGCCAAUGGUUAUCUAUUGGAGCAGUUCUUGCAUGACAACAUCAACCAGCGCACUGAUGAGUAUGGUGGCUCUGUUGAGAACCGGUGCCGCUUUGUCCUGGAGGUGUUGACUGCUGUCUGUGACGCUAUCGGUGCCGAGAAGGUCGGUAUUCGUCUAUCACCAUACAACUACUUCCAGGACACAAGAGACAGCAACCCCAACGAGCAUUGGUCCUACCUUUGCAAGCGUAUCGCGGACCUGCCCAAGGCCCAGCGACCCGCCUACGUUCAUAUGAUUGAGCCUCGCUUCGAUGAGGUGCUCAACGAGGAGCAAAAGCUUGCCUCUCUCGCCAAUGGCUCCACGACGGAAGUGGCAGAGAAGAGUAAGCGGGUUAACUCGCUCAACAUCUUCAGCGAGAUUCUCCAGCCUGCGGGAAUUCUGUUCUUGGCCUGCGGAAACUUCAACCGGGAUAACGCAGUCCCGAAGCUCAAGGGGAAGGAAGCUGAUAUCGUGGCUAUGGGAAGACACUACAUCGCCAACCCUGACUUAGUUGAGCGACUCCGAAACGGAUGGCCUCUCAACUCUUAUGACCGAUCUACCUUUUACGGAGCUGACCCUCCUGAGAAGGGAUACAACGAUUACCCUUUUUUUCACGAGACUCCCGAGGCUCAGGUCAAGGCAUAG